AAACUUAGAUAUCAGAGUACAAGACAAUGGGCAUAGAGAUUCAAGACAAUACAGAAUAAAAUCUAUCAACACGUAACGUCAGAAAUAUUUUGGACUUGUCAGAUUUCCAUAUGACAAUACUAGAAAGUUCCAAUCGAUCGACAUGCCUGUAAUCUGACCGAUGAUAUAGCGGACAUUGGUCGGAUAAACAUCAGAGGACGAUCAAAUAAUCACGCGCUCGUGUCUCGUAAUACCAAGGGCCGUAAGGUCAGUAUUACUACCUGACAGUAAGCAUGGAGGUCUGGCGUGCGGCUACUUGCGUGCUCCUUCUGGCGGCGGGCGGGCUGUGCGCGCCCUGCACGGUGACAGAGUGUCAGCUGCCCGACUGUCACUGUAGCGGGACGAUCGUGCCAGGUAACCUGAAUCCUGCUAACGUCCCGCAAAUCGUGCUGGUCACGCUCACAGACGCCAUCCGACAGGACCUGGACUUUGACUACUACUCCAAGCUCUUCAACCCCAACAAGACGAACCCGAACGGCUGUCCUCCCACCUUCACCGUCUUCGUGUCCCACCCCUACACUAACUACUAUGAGGUUCAGACGAUGCACUCCUUGCGGCACGAGAUCGCCGAUAACUCCAUCACCCGCCGCGGCCCGUCCUCCUGGUGGGCGGAGGCUAACUCCACGGAGUGGGAGAACGAGGUGGGCGGGAUGCGCGAGAUCCUGGCCAAGUGGGCACAGAUCCCGGCAGAGAACGUCAAGGGCUUCCGUGCUCCUUAUUUACAGAAUGGAGGUGACACGGAGUUCGAAGUUCUGGCGGCGACGCUGAAGCUGACCUACGACACGACCCGUCCAACCCGCAUGUUCAUGCGCCCGCCCAUGUGGCCAUACACUCUGGACUACGACACCAUCCAAGAGUGCGCCAUUCCACCCUGCCCCACAGCCUCGUACCCAGGCUUCUGGGAGGUCCCCAUCAUCGACCUGCAGGACGAGAACGGGAACCCGUGCAAUGAGCUUGCCGCCUGCGCCAAACCCGAAUCUGAAGAAGCCGCCUACCUCCUACUGAAGUCCAACUUUGAUCAGCACUACAACAGCAACAGGGCGCCCUUCCACGUACCCCUCACUGCAGCCUGGUUCGAGACAUCUCCAGACACCAACUUUGAGGCCACGCGCAGGUUCUUUAAUGACAUCAUGGACAUGGACCACGUGUGGCUGGUGACCAUCAGCCAGGCCAUAGAGUGGGUCCGGAACCCUACACAGAAUGACGAGCUGAACGAGUUCGAGCCGUGGAAGUGUGAUGGGGAACCGCCUGCAGUGUGCGACCAGUCUGCGGUGAACACCUGCCGGUACGGAGACGACACCCUGAUCACCUGCACCACACCCUGCCCGCCUAACUACCCAGGCUACGGGAACCCGGACGGGAACUAAGGGGGCCACGGAACAGACCAGACCGGGGAGACAUGAUGUUGGGAAGGACCGGAUAGAGUAACCAAAUAUAGCUCGUUCAGAUUGUACGUCCUACGUGUUGUUAAUCCUGUAACUUUACAAAAUCGGCUAACUAGCUCUAUGCUUUCUCUCUCUGUGUAGCUACAUUAAAUUUUCCCCGGAAAGUUUGUGCAUUUUUGCACCAUUACUGCGACACCUUCGUCCGUAGGUCUGGAUGCUUAUUGCAUAUGUUUGAAAACAUUGAAUCUGAAUAAACAUGUUUCAAAUUUUCUGUUAAAAA